AUGAGCGAAGAAAAAGAUGACGAAAAUGCGGGGAGAAUUAUAAAAGAAGAGCUAGAAGAUGAGGAUGAAAAAGAGAUAAAAGAAGAGGAAGAAUUAGAGUUGAGGAAUGGAGGAACCAAUGAAAAGACAGAAAAUGAUGAUCAGGAAAAAGGAGAUAUCAAGAAAGGACGAAUCCGAAGAAGCGCUUCUCAAUAUUCGAAUUCCGACUCAAACCAAAAAGUCGUUACUGCAGUUGCCGCUGUGGGACCUGCAGCCAUGGCCACAGCUCCGACUUUUUGCUACAAGAAUAAUACUAAAACCCUUUUCAGGACAGACUUUGGCGCCGAUGACAUGGAUGGAGAGAUUUCUGAAGCACAACGUCUGGAAAAAGAGCGAUUGGAGAGACUGGAAAGAAUCAAGCCAGAAAACGACCAUAUUCAAGAAAUGGAGUCACUUUUCCUGUCAGGCGCCGCAGAGGAUCAACAGCUGCCGCAGCUAGAUUUAGACGACGAUGAUUUUGAACAGAUGUUUGGAUUCAAUGUAGAAAACGAUAUUAAGAGAUUUCGAGACGGCGAAAUGGAGCAGAAGCCCGACGCAUUCUUUUUUCAUCAGCAACAGCCGUCGACGUCGAGAGAUCCUGUUGAUGUGAUAACGUUGGAUGACGAUUCGGAUGAUGAUAUAAUGAUAACGGAUGUUAAGAAUUAUGCACCUCAAAUUGUUCCCGGUAAGUUGAAAAACAUUGAAAAAGCCUCUAUAUUUUUAGGAGUCUGGAACUUAGUCGACGUAUUCGAUGGGCACAGGCUGAGAAGGACAAGAUUGAUGCGGAUCAGAUGGAAAUUCAGCAUAGACUUGGAGAGCACGGAGAAGAAGGGAGGACGUCUUCUAGUGAAUGCAGGUCAUCCGGAAGAGGACCCAGAUAUCUUUGUUAUCUCUCAUCUGACCCAUGUGCUUCAACCCCAUCAGCUCGGAGGGAUCAGAUUUAUGUAUGAUAAUACAAUCGAGUCGCUGGGCGAAUACAAGAAAUCCGAUGGUUUCGGAUGCAUUCUGGCACAUUCUAUGGGUCUUGGAAAGACGAUUCAAGUGAUCACAUUCUCGGAAAUCUUUUUAAGAGCUACCAAAGCGAAGAAAGUGCUUGUCAUUGUUCCUAUUAACACAAUUCAAAAUUGGUAUGCGGAGUAUGAUAAAUGGAUUCCGAAGUUCUCGGAUACGGGAGAUAAGAUUCGCAAUUUUGAGGUCUUUCUGUUGGGUGAUGGUGUGAAGAGCUUCGAUCAACGCGUGGAUUUGAUUGAUCAAUGGGAUCAAAGAGGUGGCGUAUUGCUCAUCGGCUAUGACAUGUUCCGUCUUCUUAUCAAAAUGACUCAACCCAAAAAACAGAAGAAGUCCCGCCCACGCCUGAAUCUGUCUGGAAUAUCUGGAAUGUCAUCUGGAGGAUACGGUAGAGAUGCAUUUGAAGAAGCUAGAGAGGAAGAGCUAGAGUUUGAGACUGGAUUCACAAAUGGUGGAAGAAUCAGAAAGGAGGCGUUUGAUCUGAUUCGAAAGGCUCUUCUGGAUCCCGGACCGGACCUUGUGGUUUGUGAUGAAGGUCACAAGAUCAAGAAUAUCACUGCUGAGAUUUCAAAUACCCUAGGAGCAAUUCAAACGAAACGGAGAAUAGUUCUGACUGGAUAUCCUCUUCAGAAUAAUCUUCUCGAAUACUUCUGUAUGAUUGAUUUCGUUCGUCCAAAGUAUCUGGGACUUCGGAAGUCCUUCAUUGAGCGAUUCGAAAAACCCAUCAAAAACGGACAAUGCGUGGAUUCAUCGAAAGAAGACAUCAAGAUUGCUCUUCAGAGAACUCAUGUACUUGUAGAGCUUGUCAAGGGAUUCGUACAGCGGAGAACUCAUCACUUGCUCAAGAAAAUCCUUCCGGAAAGCAAGGAAUACGUUUUGCUCCUGAGGAAAAGUCAAAUUCAACGGCAGCUGUAUCGAAACUUUGUUCUCUGGGCCAGAGAUGAGAUUUCAAUGAAUGGAGACGCUGUGUUCAACCCACUGAUGGCGUUCUCAGCGUGCUCGAAAAUUUGGAAUCAUCCUGAUAUUUUGUUCAAGGUUGUGGAAAGAAAACGGAGGUUGGAAGAGGAAAAGAAGCAAGCGGAGCUCCAGAAACAGCUUAAUAAGCAGCAGAGACAGCAAAUGCAACAACAGCAACAGCAACAACAGCAUGGAAUGAUGAUGAUGAUGGGUCAGAAUGGAAUGAUGCCUGGAUUCGGGGCACAGUUUCAACCGCAAAAUGGAAUGCAGAUUCCAAAUGGAAUGUUUGUGCAGAAUGCGUGGCCUCAAUGCAACUACCCAGUCAACCACUCUCCGUUCACUCCGAUUCCUUCGAGUCCUUCAACGCCGUCUGCUGCUGGAACUCCGAAUCCUUCUUCAACAAAGAAAACACGCAAAACUCGCGCAUCGAAGAAAACGAAAAGUGACGAAGAGGAAAUAGAAGGAGAGGAGAAGGAAUCCAGAAUGCGUUAUGAUUGGACAACACAACUCUUUGAGACAUAUCAAGAGGGCGUUCUAGAGAAUGGAUAUAAGAUUGUUGUGGCGUUGGAAAUCCUAGAUGAAUCUACUAAAAUUGGAGAGAAGAUUUUGAUAUUCAGUCAGAAUUUGACGGCGCUUGACAUGCUUGAAGAGAUUCUGAGAAAGCGUCAAGUGGUGAAAAAGGAGAAAUCGGAGCAUCAAGAGAGAUGGGAGAAGAAUCGGAACUAUUUGAGACUGGAUGGUACGACGAGUGGUGCGGAUCGGGAAAAACUCAUCAAUCGAUUCAAUUCGGAGCCUGGCCUUCAUCUUUUCUUGAUUUCUACCAGAGCUGGAUCUCUGGGAAUUAAUUUGGUCUCAGCAAACCGUUGCAUCAUCAUAGACGCCUGUUGGAAUCCUUGCCACGACGCGCAAGCCGUAUGUCGUGUCUAUCGAUAUGGUCAACAAAAGAAGACGUUCGUCUAUCGUUUGAUUAUGGACAACUCAAUGGAACGGUCGAUUUUCAACCGCCAAAUUUCGAAGCACGGACUCCAACAAAGAGUAGUGGACGACGCUCAAGUUGAUGCGAAUAUUUCUCAGAAGGAGUUGGAGACCCUGCUCAUGUACGAUGAGUCCCAAGACAUCAAAAACGAUAAAUGGGACACUGAUGAUUGGGAUUUCGGAGAUACCGUACUAGAUUCAAUUACCAAGAGAAUGAGUCAGAUGUUCUCUCAGAAACCAUUCCUCCACGAGACCCUUAUCAUGGAAUCUGAGCAAUCGUUAAGUGAGCAGGAGAAACGAGAGGCUCAGUUGUUGUUCGAGAGGGAGAGAAGAAUGGAAAACUACGAUCCGUUGGCAGGGCUGAGCAGCUCCAGUUAUUAUACUAGUACGAUGCCGAGUAGCAGUUCGAUGGUGGGACCAAUGCCGUCUUAUCAACAGCCGCAGCAACAACAGUUCAAUGGGAAUUGGAAUCAACAGCAGAAUCAAUUCCAACAGCAGAACUACCAGCCACAACAACCGUAUCAACAUCAAUUCGGUACCCCAUUCGCUGGACCACCAAAACUACAGAUGCAACAGCCACCACCACAUCAACAACCGAACUACCAAGCUCCGCCCCAUACUCUUCGUAUGAACGUUAGCCAGUUUCAUCAUCAACCUGGCGGUGGGCACACUAUGACGUCAUACCAGAAUUCCUAUCAGAAUAAUAACAAUUCGCUAGGACCACGUCAUCAAAUGCUUCCUCCGAUAGAUCCAACUGCGUUCCCCGGAGCAGCGUCUAGCCAGAAGCCGGUUAUUAAUCCCGCGGGAGCUGUACAAAACAUUAUUACGGAUAGAGCACUUGUAUUCCCGGUGCAGGGACAAUCGGAACAACUGCGUCCAGUGCCGAUGAACACUCCGAUUCAGCUAAUCGUUCCGAAAUCGGGUGCCUUCGUAAAACUCGCUGACGGAACAAUUUGCACCGCCGAAGGAAGCGUUUUUGAUAACCACUGCAAGCAGCUCCGCGAAAUGCACAAAAAUCCCAUGAAUUCUAUGAAUUCUACGACGGAAGUCAUCGAUCUUGAUUAA